ACCUGUGGAGGACAGCUCAGUAACUGGGAGCCAGGGGACCGGGCCGUAUCGGAGCACCAGAGACAUUACCCCAACUGUCACUUCGUCAGAGGAGACCGGGCCGACAACGUCUCCCUAGCCGGGGUGGUGGGGGGGGUAGCAGGCACCUCUCAGCCCCCCGGGGCAGAAGCCCCCCCUGGCCCCGGCCCCCCAGGCCUCAGUAACGUGUCUAACCCAGCCAUGCAGCAGCGUGAGGAGAGGUUGCUGACCUUCGUCCACUGGCCCUUACGUAUCCCUGUUCGCCCCGACCAGCUGGCCAAGGCAGGGUUCUACUACGUCGGGCGUAAUGAUGAUGUGAAGUGUUUCUGCUGUGAUGGAGGUCUGAGGUGCUGGGAGUCAGGUGAUGACCCCUGGGUGGAGCACGCCAAAUGGUUCCCUAGGUAACCACCCAUUACAUCACU